ACAAAAAUCCCGAAUAAAACGCAGUCAUAAGCAAAACGCGGAGGGCCAUUAGCGUCUCGGUUCUCAACAACAGAUCUGUCCUGCGCUCAUUUCUUGAGUUUUGAGUGCUUCAGCUCUCAUUCUCUGGAGCGCGCGACUUAAAUCUACAGGCAGCCAUGAUUUCGACGAGCAAGCUCAAAUCCGUUGAUUUCUACAGGAAAAUUCCAAGAGACUUGACUGAGGCAUCAUUAUCAGGCGCAGGAUUGUCCAUACUAGCAGCCCUUUUCAUGGUGUUUUUGUUUGGAAUGGAAUUGAAUAUUUAUUUAACUGUUAGCACCUCUACAUCAAUUAUUGUUGACAAGAGUUCUGAUGGGGACUUCUUACGUAUUGAUUUUAAUCUAAGCUUUCCUUCCCUUUCAUGUGAAUUUGCAUCAGUUGAUGUGAGUGACGUGCUGGGAACUAACAGGUUGAAUAUAACCAAAACAGUCCGCAAAUUUUCAAUAGAUCAUGAUUUAAGGCCCACGGGCUCUGAGUUUCACUCGGGACCAGUUUUGCAUGACAUUAAGCAUGGAGAUGAAUUUGUUGGAGAAGUUGGUGAAGGAUCCGUGUCACUAACUGAUCGUAAUUUUGAUCAUUAUGCACACCAGUACCCAGUUUUGGUCGUCAACUUUUAUGCACCUUGGUGCUACUGGAGUAAUCGUCUGAAACCUUCAUGGGAAACUGCUGCUCACAUGAUGAGAGAAAGAUAUGAUCCAGAACUAGAUGGACGCAUUAUUUUGGCGAGGGUUGAUUGCACCAUAGAAGUUGAUUUGUGUAGAAGGCAUCACAUACAGGGUUAUCCAUCCAUUCGCAUUUUUCGUAAAGGAAGUGAUGUCAAAGACGAUCAUGGACACCAUGAUCAUGAAUCCUAUUAUGGAGAUCGAGACACAGAAAGCCUGGUUAAGACAAUGGAAGGAUUGAUUGCACCUCUUCCAAUAGAAUCUCAUAAAUCUGAUAAUUCAACACAGAAUACCAAAAGACCAGCACCUUUGACGGGAGGAUGUAGAAUUGAAGGAUAUGUGCGUGUAAAGAAGGUUCCUGGCAACCUCAUCAUCUCAGCUCGCUCAGGGUCGCAUUCCUUUGAUUCUUCUCUAAUGAACAUGUCACAUGUCAUAUCCCAUCUUUCCUUUGGCAUGAAUGUUUCACCCCAGUUGUUGAAUGAAGCGAAGCGAUUGAUGCCAUAUAUUGGUGGAAGUCAUGACAAGUUGAACGGGCGGUCAUUCAUCAAUCACCGUGAUGUGGACGCCAAUGUUACUAUUGAGCAUUAUCUUCAAAUAGUUAAAACAGAAGUUGUUGCAAGACGAUCUUCUCGUGAAUAUAAAUUACUUGAAGAGUAUGAAUACACAGCCCACAGCAGUUUGGUGCAGAGCGUGUACAUACCUGUUGCAAAAUUUCAUUUUGAGCUCUCUCCCAUGCAGGUCCUAAUCACAGAAAAUCCAAGGUCAUUUUCGCAUUUUAUCACCAAUGUCUGUGCCAUAAUUGGGGGUGUUUUUACGGUUGCUGGAAUUUUGGAUUCAAUUUUGCACAACACAAUUAGAAUGAUGAGAAAAGUUGAAUUAGGUAAAAAUUUUUGAUAGGAAGCUGAAAUUUGUAGUUGUAUAAAAAAAAUUCAGAUAUUUUUAUACUCCAAUUGUUAGCAAGUAUUGUUAAGAACAGUUGGAACCUAUUAAUGCCUGUUGAUAUAUGCAAACCAUGAUGAGUGAUUCUUUUUGACAAAACAAUUUUCUAUUUUCUAUUUCA